AUGGACCAAUUCAGAUCGCUGCAGCACUACAUCACGGACCCCAACCUCGUGGCCGUUCUGAAGCAAAAGGCGCAGGACCAAAUUAUGGCCUCGAUGAACAUAUCCUUCGCCUUCAAAGCGCUGUGUUUCGCCGUGCUCUUCUUCUACGUGGGAGCGCUCUACGUGAAGAGCAACCAGCCGAAAACCGAAACGGUGACCUCCAGGUCGAACCCCCACCAAGCCAUCGAGUACGCAAACCAGGGUCCCUCGAGAGACAAAGUAGAAGAAUGGAAAAGGAACGCAUGGACCGAUUGGAUGGUCCAGUUAGACGACGACUGGAAGGAUUUCAAUGCCCAAAUUGAAGAAGAGAAGAAGGCAUGGAUUGAAGAAAAGGAAGGAGACUGGGUAAUUCUCCUGAAACAUCUACAGAACAAGUGGCUACACUUUAACCCCAAUUUAGAUGCAGAAUACCAAACAGAUAUGCUAGCCAAAUCAGAGACUUGGGAUGAGAGGCAGUGGAAGAUGUGGAUUUCUACAGAAGGAAAACAGCUUCUAGAAAUGGACCUCAAAAAGUGGUUCACCAAUAACGAAAUGAUUUAUUGCAAGUGGACCAUGGAUGAAUGGAAUGAAUGGAAAAAUGAAAAAAUUAAAGAAUGGGUCACUAGUGAGUGGAAAGAAAGUGAAGACCAAUACUGGUCUAAGUAUGAUGAUGCCACCAUACAAACCCUAACCGUUGCGGAAAGGAACCAAUGGUUUAAAUGGAAAGAAAGAAUCUACAGGGAAGGUAUUGAAUGGAAAAAUUGGAUCGCCAUUAAGGAGAGCAAAUUUGUUAAUGCCAACUGGAAUAGCUGGUCCGAAUGGAAAAACGAGAAACGCUUAGAAUUUAAUGAUUGGAUCGAAGCUUUCGUUGAAAAAUGGAUUAGACAGAAACAGUGGCUCAUCUGGACUGAUGAGAGAAAAAACUUCGCCAAUAGACAGAAGGCCGCCCCCGGAGGAGUAGCAGCUGCCCCCGGUGUAUUUGCCCCACGCCCCGCAUUUGGCGCCCCAAGUGGAUUUGCCCCUCGCCCCGGAUUUGCUGCUCCAAGUCAACCCCCCCGCUACUCAUUUGCCGCGGCAAGCGGAUAUGUCGCCCCAUCCGCUACUUCGGAGGCAGCGCCCGCCACUUCGGAAGCACCCGCCAGCGCAGAAGCAACUACCGCUCUCAGCUCAGAAACAACCACCCCUGUCAACCCAGAAGAAACCGCCGCCAGCCCAGAAGCAGCCACCCCUGUCAACCCAGAAGAGACCGCUGCCAGCUCAGAAACAACCACCGUCAACCCCGAAGCAACCCCCGUCAACCCCGAAGCACCCGUCGCCGAACCCGAAAAGAAAGAAGAGGAACCCGCCGCCGAGCCCCUGUUGGCCAUAGAACCAGCGCAGACCGAACCAGCCGCUUUGGAAGCCGCACCCUCCACCUCCGCUUAGACGUAACGCAAGCGGAGUGAAUUGCGGUUGGCUACCCAGUCACGAUGACA